GUUCAGUGAUCAGCGCUGAACAUUCUGUUCUGUGUGUCUUACGAACAAGUGCAUCUUUUUCUUCUCCAUUUCGUUAUUGUUGCUGCUUGCAAGAAAAAGAAAAAAAACACACACACUCCAAAGCACCACUGGGGUCAGCGUGCCCUCUUCCUCGCCAUGGAGAAUCUAAGAAUAUCCUUGAUGCUUAUCUUGGUAACGAUGGGGCUUCGCAACGUCCUUGCAGGCAAAGUAAACAAGCACAAGCCUUGGAUUGAGACCUCCUACCACGGAGUGAUCACUGAAAACAAUGACACGGUCCUGCUGGAUCCACCUCUGAUGGCCCUUGACAAGGAUGCUCCAGUUCCGUUUGCAGGCGAGAUUUGCGCUUUCAAAAUUCACGGAGAGGACGCUCCUUUUGAAGCUGUGGUGCUGAACAAGACAUCUGGCGAGGGGCUUCUCCGAGCAAGCAGCCCCAUUGACUGUGAACUUCAGAAGGAAUACACAUUCAUCAUCCAGGCGUAUGACUGCGGAUCCAGGGCUAGCGGAACAAACUGGAAGAAGUCGCACAAGGCGGUGGUGCACAUCCAGGUGAACGAUGUGAACGAGUUUGCUCCCACGUUCAGAGAGCCCGUGUACAAAGCGACCGUCACUGAGGGGAAGAUCUACGACAGCAUCCUGCAGGUGGAGGCGGCGGACGAGGACUGCUCCCCCCAGUACAGCCAGAUCUGCAACUAUGAGAUUGUCACUCCUGAUAUCCCCUUUGCUAUCGAUCGCAAUGGCAACAUUCGAAACACAGAGAUACUGAGCUAUGACAAGGAGCAGCAGUACAAAAUCAUGGUGACUGCCUACGAUUGUGCUCAGAAAAAAGCCACAGAUGAUGUGUUGGUGCGCAUUGAUGUCAAGCCAGUUUGCAAACCUGCAUGGCAAGGCUGGAACAAACGGGUUGAGUAUGAGCCCGGCACCGGCAGCAAACCGUUAUUUCCCACAAUGCACCUCGAGGUGUGUGAUGGGCCUGUCUCAUCUAUCCGGGUCACCGUGGAGCUGCAGACAAACCACAUCGGGAAAGGGUGUGACCGGGAGACAUACUCCGAGAAAUCUUUACAGAAACUGUGUGGGGCCUCAUCAGGAAGUACUGACUUGCUCCCAGCUUCCAGUGCCACAACAAACUGGACAGCCACCCUCCUGACAGACAGCGGACGGGACAGUGACCUGAUAUUCAGAUUCGACGGCAGGCAGGCGGCCAAGAUCCCUGAUAGAGUGGUGCCGAAGAAUCUGACCGACCAAUUCACGAUCGCCACAUGGAUGAAGCAUGGCCCCAGCCCAGGACUCAGAGCUGAGAAAGAAACCAUUCUCUGCAAUUCAGAUAAAACUGAGAUGAAUCGGCACCACUAUGCAUUCUACGUGCAUAACUGCCGGCUGGUGUUUCUGCUGCGCAGGGAUUUCCACCAGGUUGACACAUUCCACCCUGCUGAGUACCACUGGAAACUGGAACAGAUUUGCGACAAAGAAUGGCACUACUACGUGAUAAACGUGGAGUUUCCCGUUGUGACCUUGUACGUUGACGGGGUGACUUACGAACCAUACCUGGUGACUGACGACUGGCCGAUACACCCCUCUCAAAUUGACAUGCAGCUCACAGUCGGCGCAUGCUGGCAAGGGGGUGAAGUGAUAAAGCCACAAUUCACCCAGUAUUUCAGAGGCAGCCUCGCUGGCCUCACCAUCCGCCCAGGCAAGAUUGAGAGCCAGAAAGUGAUCUCCUGCCUCCAGGCGUGCAAGGAGGGUCUGGAUAUCAAUUCUCUGGAGAGCCUGAGUCAGGGGAUAAAGUUCCACUUCAAUCCUUCUCAGUCAACACUCGUCAUGGAGGGAGAUGACAUAGAGUACAUCAAUCAGGCCCUGCGGAAAGUGUCGUACAUCAACUCCAGACAGUUCCCCACUCCAGGCAUCAGGCGUCUCAAAACCUCUACUACAGUACAGUGCUACGGUGAAGAUACCUGCAUCUCCAUCCCUGACGUCGAUGCCUUUGUAGUGGUUCUGCAGCCCAGCGAGCCCCGGAUAACAAUCACUGGGAUGGACCACUUCGCCCGACUGGACACAGAGUUUGAGAGCUCUGAGGGACUGGUGCUUUUCCCCAACGUCCGAAUCAUCAGCACUGUCACCAAAACAGACCUGCCGCCGCAGGGAAAAGCUCACAAGCAUGGCAGGCAGGAGGAAAUCAUUCACAAUCUGGAUUACUGUGAUAUUCUGGUUAUCGGGAAUGAACUGAACCCAGACCAGGAGAGCCUGCAACUCAAUAGGAAUGAGCUGCACGGAAAGCAUUUGGAUGCAACAAACUCUACUUCUGGAAUUUCCAUCUACGGUGUGGAUACCAUGUCCAACUACGAGCAAGUACUGAGACAGGUGCGAUAUCUGAACUGGCACAGCGCCGGCAUUUUCGGAAGGAGGUUCAGGCUAACAUGCUCAGAGCUGAAUGGAAGAUACACGAGCAACGAGUUUAAUUUAGAGGUUAAUGUCCUGCACAACUCAAAUUCCAUGGAGCACGUGAAUCACAUGGCAGUUCAACCUCAGUACUUCCAGGCAAUUCCCCACCCAGUGAUGAGGCACAAUGUAAACAGCGCCCACAGCUCGGCAAUUCCAAGCGCUGCCACCGUUGUGAUUGUGGUGUGUAUCAGCUCUCUGCUCCUCAUCGUAGUGCUGGGAAUCUACAGGAUUCGAGUGGCCCGCCUGCACUCCUCUGAGAGCGGGGGAGGUGCAAAGGAAAACCAAAUGGAUUGGGACGACUCGGCGCUGACUAUUACCGUCAACCCCAUGGAGAACUAUGAAGAGCCGCAGCAGGCUAAUGAAGAGAGCGAUGAAGAGGAAGAGGAGGAGGAAGACGAGUUGGAGGAAGAUGACAUCACGAGUGCGGAAUCAGACGUCAGCGAUGACGAGGAGGCAGUGACCAUGGAGGGCCAGCGCGACGGCAGGAGGAGAGAGCAGCUGGAGUGGGACAACUCAACACUACGUUAUUAGACAACCUUUCCUCUCCACCACCCCUGAAACACCUAUAGCAUCUUUGCUUGUUUCUAAGGCUACUGAUUCAUUAGCAAGACUCUGAGUUAGUGAAGUGGUGUGACUUUGGUUUAAAAAGUGGGGGAGAAGUUUCUGUAGCUGAUGCAUGCAUAAAGAUUAUUCUAUCUGAAAUAAUGAAAAGGUGAGGGGACAUGUCCCUCAUGUAAAUUACGCCUAUGAGUAGUCUAUCACAUACAGAAGUGUCCUAGUGCCAAUUAAAAAAAAAAAAAAAAGGACUUUCUAGGAGAUAAAGUCCUACGUGGGAUUUUUUUUUAUUAUUAUUUUAUUUUUUAAUUAGGACGCUUCCCUGUAAUUACAUGUUUAACUCGGCAGACAGAAACCUCACACCUUAUAAAAUGUUGUCCUCUGCUGGCUAGGAAAGUGUACUGCACUGUUUUUAUGGUAACCCACUUUUUAAUUUUACUGCAAUAUAGGACAAAGGUUUUCAUUUGCAUAUUUCAUGCAGCAGUUUUUUUUUUUUUUUUUUUUUUAAUGACAGCAUUUUUUCUUCUGCAAAUGUUUCAAUCUGUCUGUACUCCCACUCCUGGCUGAAAUGUGUUCAUUUUUUUAUUAUUAACUCAAAUUACUUUAAUUGAUUUUUAAAUAUGCUUCAACUAAACUGGCCUACAUGAAUCCCCCAACACUGGAUUUUUUAAAAUCCACCUGGGCCCACUCUUUAAAUCUUCGUGGACCUGCACUAAGGUUUUCUUAAAGGUGUUGGAUCAGUCUUGUUAAACAAUCUGUAGUCUUUGUCUGAACUUCUUCAAUAUCUUCUUAAUAUAUAAAGAAUAAAGUUUGUCUGUCUGUUUGUUAAUUUAUGCAUUCGGACCCCGUAGGAGCCAGUGCAACCAAACUUUGCAUGACCUCCUCUUUCAUCCAGGGGAAGGUCGAGGGCUAUGUUUGGAUCCAACAUUUUGACCCCCGGGGUACUUUAUUUAGUAACCCUAUUGCUGGAUCACUACAGUAGCCGUGUAUCUCAAAUUAAAGAAACCCACAAAACCAAAAACAAAAACAAUUAAAAUUUAAAAUGGAAAAAACCAAAAACAAAAAAAGAAGUUGAAAAAAGGGAAAGGGGUCCGUGCGUAUUGUGCGACACCCAAGAUCGGUAACUUAUAGGAAACCAUAAGGCUAUGUUCCCCAAUUUGUCAUGCAUGAAAUAUUUAAAUAUUGAAUUUCCCCGGGCAAUGCCGGGUACUUCAGCUAGUACUGUAUAUAGAAAUUAUGCCUGUUAAUAGCUUUUUCACAUAUUGUCUGGGUCCAAAGCAGUUUGUCAACCUGUGACUUUUGUAACGUAUUGUUUUGUCACCUGUUCGGUAGCCCAUGAGGUCAGAAAGCAAAGUUCUCUUGUAUGCAUUAUAUAGGCUAUUGUGCACCCUUCUAUCGUGUAAACCUAUAAGUGUUUUCUUUCAUAUAAACUUUGUUAAUAAAAAGUUGCGAUCUUUUAAUAUCUUCAAUCCGUCAAUGGAAUAUAUAUGAUAUUUUAUUUACAGACUUUGUAAAAUUUUAAAUUACCAAAUGAGCUGUAUUUAUUUUAAGCAAAAAGAAUUCAGAAUUCUUAUGCAGAAGUUUUUUUGGUUUUUUUUUGCGUCGUUGUUUUUCAUGUAACUUUUUACCAAAUGUUUAGUGAUUUAUUUAUUUAUGUAAAUAUAUUUAUUUUUCUGGUAGUUCACGCUGACACAUUUCAAGUGAAGAGACCGAUUUUUUUUUUUUUUUUUAUGCUGUUCUGUAAAUACCAGUUAGGAUAGUUACAAUUAGACAGUAACUCUAAGGUUGAGUGGUUUAUAUAUUUACAUUACGUCCUUCUUAACUUCUAGCAAAUAUGUGUCUCUCUGUUUAUCAUGGAUAUGGAAAAAAGAGUAUGAGACACACAAAAGAAAAUCCCCAGUAUCCAAACACACAGUAUACAAGUAGCGUGAGUCCUGCAUGAUCAGAAGUAAGACCUUAAAAAACAAGUUGAAAUCAACUGCCGCUCCUGCCCCGUGAUUUUUCAUAUCCCUUCAACCAGUUUUCACAAAGUUGGUUUAUACUGUACAUUCACUGAUACAACUUCUGGCUACACUUUACCAGAAUACUAUUUUAAAAGGGCAGUUCUCCGUACGUGGGUAUGUAAUAUUUAACAUUACGCAUUUAAAUCAGUGGCCUCCUGUCAUUACUACAUGUAGUACUAGAAAGAAAAGACUCCGGUCUCGGUUUAAUUAAAAGCACUGAAAUAGCUUUUAUACAUAGCAAUGACAGAGGGGUCCAUUGUUAUGACUGGAUCUCUCUUGGUGUUUUUACCAUUUGAUUUAGCUGAGAGAAUAUACUUUCUGAAACUAUGUAUAGAUUACAAGCAGGGGUGCGGUAGCACCCCCUGGCUUUGCAUGGCUUCCAUCAUAUACUGGGGUUACAGUUUUGUUCAAUGGCUUUCAGCACCCCCACUUUAAAAAUGGUUCCAGUGCCACUGAUUACAAGUGAAGUUUGUUGCAAUGAGUAAUAGGAAUACAUAUGCUUAAUUCAUGUGCUUGUGAUGACUCUGUUGUGAUCCUCGGUCCAUGAUAUUUUAGCUUUUUAAGUUUGCAUUGUCAGGUUUUGACCGUUUUACAUAUAAUCAUGACUUAUAAAAUGUCUGUUGUAAUAGAUUAAAAAAAAAAAAAGUAUAUUUAAAAAUGCCAACUCUGUAAAAUGUGUAAAAUGUAUUUAUUUUUAUUUUUUUUAGGUUUAAUUUAUUUAUUUAUUUAUUUAUUUUUUGGUCACAACAGCACUUUCUGUACAUCGGCCAAUAAAAACUGGUUUUAGGAUUCAGCUGAA